CUUCCGUACAUGAUUAGAUCUGUUCAUCUCUAUUAAUUACUUCUUCUCUCUGGGUUCUUCUGCUGGAGUAUUGGGUCUGUUGCGCCAAGAACAGCCCGCUCUCCUCUCCUCUUCCUACCCAUCCGUAUACAGCUUUCCCCGACGUCCUCACUCCGCAACUCCCCCCCUCCCUGAACCAUCGCUUUGCAUUGAUCCGCAUCUCCACUUACCUUUCUCUCGAUCGGCACUUCGUCUCGCUCAAUCACCUAGCACCCCCUUAGUCAAAAGCAUAUCUCAUUCUCCGUUAGUUCUACACAGGUACUACGAGGAGGAUCCCUGGGAGGCGGCGUUUCCCGGACCAUGACUCGCGCUGCAACACCCCCCAUCCUUCUACAUUUACAAAACGCAGAAUGCUGGUCCUCACAUGCUACUGCGCUCCGGACACUUAAGAAUGAGACGAUUGGUCAUGAUCAGCGCAAGGAGACCUGGGUGCGCUUGGGCAUAAUUCCCAUACUCGCCAAUGUUCUUGCUUCCCGCCAGCUCAGCGGAAGGAGCAGUACAGCCUCCGAGCUCAACGGAGGCACAAAUUAUCGGGGUUUACCUGGCUCUAAGCAGGAGUCUGAUGAAGCUUGCCUACAGACAAUCGUUAUUCUUGGGAGCUUAGCGCAAGGAGGCGCAUCUUUCCUUUCUCCCAUACUUGCAAGCAAUGCCCUCCCCACCUUCCUCUCGAUAUUAUCCUCCCCAGACUGCCCUCCCGCCUUUGUUCUCCCGAUUCUCCGAGCUCUGAAUAAUGUAGCAGAUCGACUGCCACUACAAAGGCAGCAAAAGUUCCCCAAGGAUACCCGCUUGGCUGAUCUGAUUUUCUCAACCGAGCAUAUUGGCUUUGUGGCUCGUAUUAUCGGACAGGAUUACGGCACUCAUAACAGUCAGGCGUCAAUUGAGCUAGCCGCAGCUCUCAUAGGAAAGCUAUGCACAGAGGAAUCCCACAAGGCAGUCCUAGCGGACUGUGGGGUCUUGGAUGCUUUGGCUGUGAAAGUAGGCUCUUUUAUUGUCGCCCAGGGCUUUGUUUUCCCUGGGGCCGAGAACCAUGUACAAGACUCAGGUGCCUUAGGGUCACUUCCGCCUCCUGCACCGCCGGGGGCCAAGUUGGCACCUAUUUUGCGUGCUAUCACGAUCAUUAUCGAACACUCCAAGUGGCGUGCUGAACACUUCCUCUCAUCGCCUGGGAUAGUCACAGUCUUCCCCAAACAAAUCCCUGAGUUCUCCCCGUCUGAUAUCAAGAGAGGCCCAUGGGGUUCGACAUAUCUUUCAGGGACAGCGGUGCCACGUCAUGCUGGGGGCAGCCCUCUUGAAUAUCUUCUCCCUUCUGUCCCGGUAUCCCAAUUGAAACCUUCUGUUAGCACGACCAAUUUCCCUCCUCUAGGGCAGGGAUCUCACCGUCGACAUAGCCAUUCGUUUCCUACGCCCCUCUCGAAUUUCGAUCCGUCAACACUGGACGAUGAUGAAAAUCCUAUUGUACCCUGGCUUCUCUACCUAGUUCGAGCGGAAACUGGCAUGUGCCGCUUGAUGGCAGCCCGUUUCGUUACUGUCUUAUUCCGCCUGGGCCUUACCAAAAAACAUCGAGUCUCGAUGCUUUGCUUCUUGUUGAUCCCUAUCCUGAUUCGGAUGCUUGACAGUGACUAUGAGAUGUCUGGUGGAGACGGUGUGCAGUAUGGUGGACUGAUUUCAUCUACCGAGCGUCUUAGGGAGGAAGCCCCCGCUAUACUCGCGACACUAGUGAUCGAUGACCAGGAACUACAGAAACAUGCCGUCGAAGGAGGCGCGAUAAAACGACUGUCUCAACUUCUGAAGGAAACCUAUAACCCAAUCCACGAAACUACACGGCCUAUGUGGCAUGCAGAAGGGAAAGAGAGCAACGAGACUGUUGACACGCAGCCAGCGGAGUGUCGGCUUGGUUCUCUGGGAUAUUCGCCUCUUCAUUGCCAUGUUAUGCGAUAUCGUGAGAACAUCCUGAAAGCAUUGGCUGCCCUCGUUCCUUUCAAGGAUGAAUAUCGUAAAGCGGUGUGUGAGAACGGCGUGGUUCCGUACAUUAUUGAUUCCCUCAAACCAUGUUCAGAUGAUACGCCAACGGAGACCUCGAACCCGCGGAAUACCGCCACCGACGGUAAUCCCACGCCCACUUUACUCGCUGCAUGUGGUGCUGCCCGAAUGCUCACUCGCUCAGUAAGCGUUUUGAGGACCAGUUUGAUUGAUGCAGGCGUCUCAACCCCUCUUUUUGUCUUGAUUCGGCACCCGGAUAUUGAAGUGCAAAUUGCUGCAACUUCGGUUAUUUGCAAUCUCGCCCUGGAUUUCAGCCCAAUGAAAGAGGCAAUUAUAUCUGCAGAAGUACUUCCUAUCUUAUGCGAGCAUGCUCACUCAACAAAUACAAAGCUUCGUAUCGAAUCGUUAUGGGCGCUGAAGCAUGUCGCGUACAAUUCUACAAACGAUGUUAAAAUAAAAAUCAUCGCGGGGCUAAGGCCCGAGUGGAUCAAGCAAGUGAUCACCCAAGACCCGACCAGCGUUCUGGCCAAGCGAGUGAUAGAUGAGGAGGUGGAUGGUGCCGCAGGCGGAAUGAGCCGAGCCAAUUCGGCUGGAGAACAAGUAGAUCUAUUGAAUCCAGUAGAGGACCUCGGGGAGCGAGACGAGGACCUAAAUAUGGCCGACACCAUUCCUUCGUCCAAAGUCAGCCUGGAGAUGUUCCUUCCUGAUGCCACGCGGCGACGCAAGCUUGCGUUACACGGCGAUCUCGACCAGACCACCCAAGCCCGCCAAGAUGACAUUGCAGUACAGGAGCAAACCAUGGACCUCCUGCGCAAUGUUGUUUGCGGUCCCGGCGCAUCCGAAAUGAUCGACCAUCUCUUUAAGGAGAUUGGACAAGAUCUAUUAUUGGAUGCUCUCGCCGACAAAUUACGACCGCGUUCUAUCCAGCUACCUCAUCGACGAGAAACCUCGAGCCGCACUCUCCAAGUCCCCACCGAGAUUUUGGUUGCAGUAACUUACUUUAUCAUUCAUCUUGCCGCGGGUCUUCCCUGGCAUCGCCAGCUUCUGAUCUCACACCGGGACCUGUUACGCUACUUGAUGAACUAUUUCAACCACAGCCACCGGGAUGUGCGGACCAACUGUGUGUGGGUGGUUAUCAACCUGACCUACGAGGACGAUGCUGGCGAUCGAGAAGGGUGUCGUGAGCGUGCCUUCAAACUCCGAUCGAUCGGGGUGUUGGAUCGGUUGGCCAGUUUGGAGCACGACCCAGAUCUUGAUGUCCGAGAGCGGACCAAAACAGCACAGCAUUUAGUAAAUUCCUUGACCCAUGCAUAGCGGAGGAUUUGCUGUUUAGUGUUAUUGUAUUUGUUCUCCAUUCUUGUGGAGUAUUUACUUGUGUCAUAGGCAGCACCAGCAACUGGAUAUUGUGGAAGGGGCCUUUCAAGAUAAAAGGGGUUGGUUGGAAUGAAUGUACAGAUUUACACCCGACAGCCAGCUAAGAAAAUACAUGUUGAACACAAUUCCUUUCUCUCUCUUUUCUUUUUGAGCAUUAGCAUGGGGUCCCCUGACGGCGGCGACAAAAGAAAAAGUGAUUUCCUUGUUACCGAGAUGUCUCUCUUUGAGUAUGUUUAUAGAUAGACAGAGCUGGAUGAUUAUU